AUGGUGGCUUGGGGUGAAACCAACGACUUGGCGAUGAUGGGAGAGAGAGAAAAAAUCAACCACAGAGAUGGCUUCUUCUUUCUUACUCACGGUGGUGGUUGUGCUCAUGGUGAUGUCUGUAUCCGUGUCGACGGCACAGGCGCAGCCCAGACGUGUGUGUCGAAGCUAAUCCCGUGCGCUCAGUACCUCAACGCCACCACAAAGCCGCCCAACUCCUGUUGCGAUCCGAUCAAGGAGGCGGUGGCCACCGAUCUACAAUGUAUGUGUAACCUCUAUGAGAAUCCUGCCUUCUUGUCUGGUCUUGGAAUCAAUGUUGCUCAGGCACUUCGUCUUCCUCAAUUGUGUGGAAUCUCCUAUGACACUACCACCUGUAACAACACUACUGCAUUUCCACUGAAGAAAGUUGAACAUGGAGAUAAGUUAUUGCUGAAUGGAAACAGAGAGACUCUACAUGAUUCUAUCACUGAAACACUAGUUACAGAUGAUGAUAAGGCUGUAGCUGUUUCUGAAGUUUGUGAUGCUUCUGUUUAUGAUAUAGUUAACAAUGAUCAGCCAUCUCAAAGGCAGAUACCAAAUGCAAUUUUGCCUCUUCUACGUUAUCAACAAUAUGAUAGCUCAGAAUCUUCCUUGAGUUUACAAGGCUCACCUAGUGAAGAUAGAAACUUCAGGAGUGAGCUUGAUUCAGCAGAAAUGGAGGAAACAUCUUUCUCUAGCCAAGAAGAUAGUGAACAUGAUGAGAUUCUUGAUUGGGCCAAGGAUCAAGGGUUGGCCCUGAGGAUCAACACAUGGAGUCAUCAUAUCAGGACGUUUAUACAUGUUGGAAAGCAAUAG